UGUGUUUUUUGUAGCUUACUGUUAAUGGGGGAGCUAGCAAUUGAAGAGGUCAUUCUCUACUCGCCAUCUCCAAUCUCGCAAAAUCUGCUAUAUCACCAUAUUCGACUUGAAAAAACCCCCUUGCCAUUUCUUCCGAUCAUCCUUGGUUUACUUUUCUUUUUUUUAAUUCGUUUUCUCCUAAAUCUGAAUUUGCAUCUCUCUUCUUUUGCAAUUACCUUCACUUCUCUUUAGCUUGUUUCUCACUCAGAAAAUCCAACUUGGUGUGUCUGUUCUUGCUGGAUUUGAAACGCUUACUAGCUCCAUCCAACAAAAUCCAUAAGCUAGAGGUAUUAUCUUUUCUUUUGCUUUCUUAAUUUCAAAAUCAAAAAAAUAAAAAAAUAAAAAUUUGCUGCCAUUUGUUUUGUAAUAUCUUUUGUAUUUCUUGCUUAUACAUAAAAAAAUAAAAAUAAAAAUAAAACUUUUGUACUGCAUCAUCUCCUUCGAUUUCUAUCUCUAUUUGUGAACUCAAACCUCUCUAUCUGCAUACUCUCACCCUCUUGCAAAAUUUGAGUAAGCUUUUUCUCAAUUGUUUUGUAAUAUCUUUUGUAUUGCUUCCUUAUAAAAAAAUAAAAAAUAAAAAAAACUUUUGUAUUGCAUCAUCUCCUUCAAAAAAAAAAAACUUCAAAAAAAAAAAAAAAAAUUUGAUUCAGCUUUUUCUCAAUUGUUUUGUAAUAUCUUUUGUAUUGCUUUCUUUUAAAAAAAAAAAAAAAAAAACAAAACAAAACUUUUGUACUGCAUCAUCUCCUUCAUUUUUUUUUUAUCCUUCCUUUUAUGUUUGCUUCUAAUCUUUCUUGAAUUUGGCGCACUCUGUCUGUCUGUCUGUGAACUCAAACCUCUCAAUCUGCAAUAUCUAUUACUCUCACGGUCUCACCCUCUUGACUUUUCUGCAAAAUUUGAGUAAGCUUUGUCUCUUGAUUGCCCUUGUGAAUCUUCACUUUUCUGUACUUUCCUUUCUCUUGUUUCUCAAUUAAAAUCAGACUUCGUGUGUUGGUUGAAUUUUAGUUUUUUCUGUUAGAACUCUUCAUUAUAUCAUUUCCACCCCCCAAAAAAGCAAAAAAAGGGUAGAUAGCUAGUGAGUUGAAAAUGGAUGUUGGCAAUACUAUUGUGGGACAAAUGUUGAAGCCAAUGAUAGAGCUUUUGGUCACAUCCACUCGGCGUCAAAUUGGUUAUGUGUUUCACUACAAGCACAACAUCAAGAAUUUUGAAGUUGAAGUUGAGAAUCUCAGAGCUUGUAUGAAGAGGGUCCAAGACGAUGUCGAAAUGGCCAAGGACAAUGGGAUGGUAGUGGAGGAAGAUGUUUCAAAGUGGCUUGAGAAAGUAGAGAGGUCGUUGAUCACGUUUGAAGAAGUGAAGAAGUUAUUGCACGACAGACAGAACCUCUGUUGUCUUGAUGUUUGCUCGAGGCAUCAGCUAGGUAGGGAAGGAAAGAAGAAGACUUUGGUUGUUACUGGCCUAAAAGAUGAAGGUAAGUUUGAGAGACUUGCACAUACUCCUCAUCUCACUGGUAUUUGGAAUGUCUCCUCCACAAAUUUUGAGCAAUUUGAAUCCAGAAAUUCAGUUUUUAACAAGAUCAUUGAGGCGAUGAAAGAUGACAGUAAUUACAAAAUUGGAAUAUAUGGAAUGCCCGGUGUUGGAAAGACAACAAUGGUGGAAGAAGCUGGAAAACAAGCUGAUAAAGGCCUAUUUGAUGAGGUUGCAAUGGCAGUUUUCUCCCACACUCCAGAUCUGAGAAAAAUCCAAGGAAAACUUGCAGACUGCUUAAAUCUGACACUAAGUAAAGAGAGUGAAGAAGGCAGAGCGGGUGAACUACGCAAUCGAUUGAAGAACGGGAGAAAAAUCCUUGUGAUAUUGGAUGACGUUUGGGGUGAUCAGAUCACACUGAAGAAAAUCGGAAUUCCAGAUGAUAUAGAUAAUAGCAAGGGUUGCAAGAUUUUGCUUACCUCUCGAAGGCUAGAAGUGUGCACAUGGAUGGGGUUUGGAACCAACUUUGAAAUUGGGCUCCUAACGAAACCUGAAGCUUGGCAACUAUUCAAGAGAACGGUUGGAGACUAUAUUGAAGCUGAUCCGGAAAUGCUUUCUAUAGCAGGAAAAGUGUGCAGAGAAUGUGGUUGUUUGCCUUUGGCAAUUCUUGUAAUUGGAUCAGCACUGAAGGAUGAGAAAGAAAAGCACGUGUGGAAUGAUGCACAUGAACAAUUGAGGAAUUCUCAGGGAUAUCAAAUUGAGGGAGUGCCACAAAAACUAUAUUCAAACAUAGAGUGGAGCUACGACUAUCUGAAGCAAACAGAUUCGCAGUCAUGCUUUCUACAUUGUUGUUUGUUUCCAGAAGAUACAGAGAUUUAUAUUGAUGAUUUGGUGAAGUAUGGAGUGGGAACAGGGUUUCUUCGAAGCUCGGAUACAAUGAAAAAGAAAAGAGAUAGAGCAAAAACGUUGGUUAAUAUCCUUAAGAAAUCUAAUUUAUUGUUGGAAGGUAAAGAUGAAAAUUCCGUCAAAAUGCAUGACGUAAUUCGGGAUGUUGCUAUUUCAAUUGCAUCAAAAGAUCCGAAUGUGUUUCUCGUAAAAGAUGUUGUCAAUGUUUGGCCCGAAAAAAAUGAUUAUAGACGUUGCACAGCAAUAUCAUUAAGGACUUCCCACAAUGUUAGUCGGCUUCCGGAUCAAUUAGUUUGCCGAGAACUACGCACCCUAGUGUUGGGAUGCAACACACCUGGUGGUUCACAAUUACUAGAACUCCCUAGUAACUUUUUUAAAUGGGUAAAAAAUCUGGAAGUUUUGGAUUUGUAUAGAAUAAAUCUAUUGCAAUCAUCACUUUCAAAUCUGGUUAAUCUUCGGAUGUUGCGUCUGCACUACUGUAAGUUGGUGGAUCUAUCUUUCCUCAAGAAUUUUAAAAUCCUUGAUAUCCUAAGUAUUGAUGAUGAUUUCCAACAUAAACUGAUGGUUGAUGAAGUAGUACAGUUAAAUCAUCUGCGUUCGUUGGAUUUAAGAAAAUGUAAUUGUGAGAUGGCUGAAAUAUUUCAGUCGGGCGUCCUAUCACAUCUAUCCGGCCUGGAGGAAUUGUACCUUCCGUUGAGAUUUGACACAUGGGGUGAUGAAGGCAAUGUAAGUAUUGCAGAGCUACAUUGUUUGAGUAGCUUAACCAGUUUACAUAUUCGUAUACCAAAACAUAUCAUCUUAUUGCCCAAGAAUGACCUUCCCAGCUUUCAAUCGUUGACAACAUUUCAUAUUUGGAUUGGGGAUUAUGAUGGGAGGUGCAAUCAUGAAUACACGAAAACAAAGAUCUUGGGACUCAAGAAUGUUCCUUGGAAAAUUGAGUUCAAUGUUUUGAUGAAGAAUGUUGAAGUACUAUUUUUGCUUAAUUCGGAAGGUGCAAAGAAGGUGCUUCACCACAUUGACGGAGAGUGGUUUUUAGACUUGGAGUCUCUUAAAGUUAAGAAUUGUGAUGACAUGGAAUAUCUACUAGGAAAACCUCAUACACCAUGCCCGUUGGGUUCUUUUGGUAAACUCAGCAUAUUAGAAGUUGGAAAAUGUAGAUCAAUCAAGUAUCUCUUUUCUCCUUCCACCGCAAGAUGUCUUUCAAAUCUGCAUAAUCUCACAAUUACAAAUUGUGAGAUGUUGGAAGAAAUAGUUGGAGGUGAUGAGGACGUCAUGGAUAAUGUUUUUUUUGGUCAGUUAAAGAAAUUGUGGUUAGUGAAUUUGCCGAAUCUCAGAAGCAUCUAUUCCGAUACGAAAAAGACAUCAACUACAGAGUGCAACCCUUCCACCAUUGAACAAGCUCUCUUUAAUGAAAAGAUUAAUUGUCCUGUCUUGGAGGUAUUGGACAUUCAAAAAUUGAAUAGCAUUAUAGCUAUAUGCGACAAUCAAUUACUCCCGGUUCAAGAAGCAAACACAAGUCAUGAGAUUACCAUGUUCACGAAGUUGAAGAUUUUGAGACUUGACGAGUUGCCAAGCUUGAAAAGUUUCUGCAAAAGUCGUGAUUCUGAAAAAGAAGAAAUAUCAGAGGAAGGCAUUUCCGAAAUACAAGCUCUCUUCAACUGCAAGGUACGUAUAUAUAUCAUGGAAAAUAAAAAAACUAAUUUCUACCCAAAUUUCAUGUUUGAAAGUUCUGAAUAUAUAUAUAUCACGUACCCCCCUCACUUUGCUCCAACCUUCUAUACAUAUGUACAUAUUUUUUUGUAUAUAUAUAUACUUACAUGGUAAUUUUAAAUAGUGCCCCUCCUCCCCCCCUCCUCAAAUUUUCAAAUUCUUUUAAUUUCCUUUUUUUAAAAAAAAAUUACAUAUAUCCCUUCUUCAAAUAUACAAUAUAUUUUUCCUUUUCUAAUUUUUGUUUCCUUUUUCAAAAAAUUUCUUUUUUCACUUAUGUAUAAUUAUGUAUUUUUCUAUUUUUUUAAAACUUAUUUCUUUUUAUCGAUGACAUUUGUGAUUGUAUUUAAUUAAAAUAUUAUUAAUUAAUAUUUUGAUUCUUAUAUUGGUAACUAUAUAUUUUUUACGGUAUUUAUUUAGCAUAUUAUUUUACAACUAUUAUUAUUAUUAUUUUCUUAUUUGGCCUUUUGAUUUAAAAAAUUAUAUUGUCGUAUUUAUUAAAAAUAUAUUUUUUUUAAUAAGUGCAUUGUGCCCCCUCUGACAUAAAUUACUGGCUCCGCCCCUGUAUAUAUAUAUAUUUCAUCUCUAUUGUGGACCUAUUAAUCCGUUUAAAUUUUGAAAACCAAAUUAACAACAAAAAUGGAUAAACAAUUUUGAUACAAAUUGAGGUAAACAAUUUUAUUAAAAGGUUAAGCAAAUGCCUAUAUCAUAUUUAUCUAUAUCUAUACUUAUUAUUAAAAGUACAAUAUUGUGUUUCAAUACAUAUUGUUUACUCCAUUAUUUUUUGCCCAAUGGAAAGGCAACAUGUGGCGAGUUCCAAUGAGCUUGCCACACUAAAUUGGUGCUUUAAAUGUCCAAAGGAGGAAGCAUAGUAUGGAAUUGCUGAAGGUUAAUUUUGUGUUAUCCACCAAUAAGGAGGAAGUAUGUGGCGAGUUCCAAUAGAACUUACCACGCUGGAUCGCAACUCUUAUGAAUUAUUAUUAGAAGCUAUGUAAUAUUACGUAGUAAUUAGACAAGUGGGUAAAUAUAAUCCUACCAUGUGGGGUUUUCUAUUUUAAAAGGAAAAGAGGUAAGUCCUAUUAGGACUUGCCAUCUUUAAAACAAGGACCCACCUCUUCAUAUAUGGAAUGAAGAGAUUACAUGGAAAUACCAUACUAUAUUUAACCUCAUACACUUAUCCAAGUCAUAUUCAUCCAACCAAUGGUUU